CGCUGAAUGUUCUCAGAAAUUUAUUCGUAAGGAAGAACCCGUGUAACCUUGUUUUUAAUUAGCAAUUCGUUUGUAAUUAUCGUUAAAAUUUAUCCCAAUAUUCCACGGGUGAUGAGUAUCGUACCCGCGGUUCAUUUCUCGUCGUUUUGAUCAAGUUGCUCGUCAAAGUAAAGCGGUGAAAUUUCGUGUUGUAAUCGUUUUUUUUUAUUCCUUUUUUGUAUUCCUCUAAAGAAAAUAAUACUUUCGGUGACAGAUCUGAGUUUGACAGAUAACGUUGACAAUUAACAGAGGAUUAUUCUAGUUGAGAAAUAAGUGAGAAUGGUGAUUCGCGGUUACUGAUACCCGAACUGUACGGUAUUUUUAUGCCUACAAAAUAAUACGCCCUUAAUAUACUGGGAUUAAAUAGACAAGAUACCAUUCAACUGAGAGGGUGUGGAUUAUCAAACUCGUGAAGUGUUUCUUCAAGAAUCUUUAGUACACUCCUCAAAUGUCGAAGAAUAAAUUAAAUCUCACUCUACCUCCGGGUUCCAUAGAACCUGUGGCAGCAGUUUCACCGUCACCACCCGUUCCACCUUUACCAGUUUAUACAGAACCUCCAGUGCCAAUACCCGAUGGUGUCAUGGGGAAAAUGAGUAUCGACGCUCUCCAAGAAAGGUUGGAGGAACUGGAAAUGGAUGAAGAACAACGAAAGAGGCUGGAGAGUUUUCUUGGACAGAAAGAAAAGGUUGGAGAAUUGUGUGACGAAGACUUUGAAAAGCUGGGUGAACUUGGAGCUGGAAAUGGCGGCGUUGUCAUGAAAGUCAGGCACAAAAAAUAUGGGCUCAUCAUGGCUAGAAAAUUAAUCCAUCUUGAGGUAAAGCCUGCCAUCAAGAAACAAAUAAUACGUGAGCUAAAAGUUCUACACGAAUGUAACUUUGCACAUAUCGUAGGCUUCUACGGUGCAUUCUACAGCGACGGUGAAAUUAGCAUAUGCAUGGAAUAUAUGGAUGGGGGAUCACUGGAUCUUAUUUUGAAGAAAGCUGGCAGGAUACCGGAAUCGAUAUUGGGAACCAUCACGGCCGCCGUUCUCAAGGGAUUGAGCUACUUGAGGGAUAAACAUGCAAUCAUGCACCGUGAUGUCAAGCCUAGUAAUAUUCUAGUCAACAGUGCCGGAGAAAUAAAAAUUUGUGACUUUGGUGUUUCUGGUCAACUAAUCGAUUCAAUGGCCAAUUCUUUCGUCGGCACAAGAAGUUACAUGUCCCCGGAGAGGCUUCAGGGUACACACUAUUCGGUACAGAGUGAUAUUUGGUCGCUAGGACUAUCUCUGGUCGAAAUGGCGAUUGGCAUGUAUCCGAUCCCAUCGCCUGAUGCGAGAACGUUGGCUUCAAUUUUUGGCUCUCGACCAAAUCAGUCUCCCGCUGAGAAUGCCCCUACCAACAACGUGUCGACACCAACAUCACAGUCACCAGCGCACAAUGCGAGUAGUCCGAGACCUAUGGCGAUUUUCGAAUUAUUGGACUAUAUCGUUAAUGAACCACCACCGAAACUUCCAGCCGGUAUUUUCAGCAACUCAUUCACAGACUUUGUGGAUCGUUGCCUGAAAAAAAAUCCUGCGGAAAGAGCGGAUUUGAAAACAUUGAUGAACCACGAAUGGAUAAGAGAGGCAGAAUUAGAGAAUGUCGAUAUCGCUGGGUGGGUAUGUCGCACAAUGGAUCUUCAACCAACCACUCCAACGCGCCUGGCGAACGUACAGUCCUGAAUAAAUGUCACUCUUACAUACUUGACCACAUACAUCCACGUUCAGUACUCUUAAGUAGUCCUGAGUUCCUUAUUAUUUUAGUCAAUUACGGGCAGUGGCACUUGACAUUUUUUCAUUAUCGUUCUUUCCUUUUUACAUAUAUAUUUCCGUUCACGAUCAUCUCAACGUAUAAUUUGAAUAGGAAAGACAUUUUUUUUUCCUCAAAAUCGACUGAAAAAUGAAAUAAUACGCUGCAGUGCCCCAACUUUUGUGUAAUUACUUAUCGACAAAAGAGAAAAUAACCAACGAGAGAAACGAAAGAAGAAAGAAAAAAAAAACAACACGAAGGCAAACAUAUUUUCUUUUUUUCUUUUAAUAGUUUAUUUAGUUUUUCUUUAAAAAAGUAUGUAAGAUAAAAAUUUAUAGUAUAGUUUUUAGUGACGUACACUCAAAAAAUGAAUGCAUAUUACGUGUAUUGAAAUUAAGGCAUCAGAAUCGAGAAAAUCAGGUAUGAAAAUAAUGUGCCGAGGCGAAUAUGAUAACCCAUAAUAAUGUCUAUAAAUCUCUUUUUCAAAAGUAACACGGAUUGCGACUCGCAACCGAACGGUAAUAAUUAUUCUCUUUUUUUCUUUGGUUUUUUCUUUGACCACGGUCAAAGUGAAACGUGAUAACGAGCGUAGAAAAUUAAUAUCUAUUGCCAACAAAAUUAUCCUAAGCGAAAUUAACGAAAACGAAAUAUUAGAGAAAAAAAAAAAAAUAAAAACGAACAAUAUUUACGCUUACCUGUUCGUACGUGUCAUGAUACUCUGCAAAAUUCUUUCGAGACUUUGAAAAAAGUAUCAACAUAUUUUCGGCAUAGAAAUGUCAUUGUGUAUAAUCUAUCAUGAAUAAGCCCGUAAAAAUAACUAAAGAAACAAAAAUAUAGUUAUCAUUAUUUUUUUUCAAAUAUUGGUUGAAAUUAAGUGAAGAAGAAAAAAAACUUAUUACACUUCCUAGAUAAAUGGCAUUUGAGGUAGCUAGGAAUAUGGCCACUUCCGGUUUGGCUUAAAACUCACCGGAUUUUUCAACCAAUAAUUUUUAUAUUUCCUACUAAACUAUAACUGUAACUGGGUAUUACAUUUUUGAUUUUGCUUAACAAAAGAAAUAACAAAAAAAAAAUAAAUAAAUAAAUAAAUAGGAUUUACUCCCCGAAAUCCUACGGGCACUCGAUCAACGUACGCGCACAUUCCGAAGUACGAUUUAUCAAUGUGCAUAAUUAGUAUUACCACCAAGUGAUAUAUAACGUAGCCUAAUUACCUGUUAAGCUAUGUACUGCAUAGAAGGAAAAAAAAAUUUAUUAAUCAAUGAUAAUCAUUUAAUAAUAACUCAAAGUUCAGACUCUAAAAAGUUAGUUGUUUGACGCCAAGCGAGAUUAAUUGAAAUUUGACGUUUGUUUCUUCUUUCUUUCAUUUUUUCUUCACUCUUCCAACAAAAUUUCAGUCACGUUUCGGUGAGAAAAAAAAAAUAAUUAAUGAAACCGAUUUCCUUGUAUCUUUUUCUUUCUUGUUGAUUUUUAUUAUUUGAUUUUUUUUUUUGUUUGAGUAAAAAAAAAAAUAGUAAAAAGUCUGAAUCGGUAUAACGAUGUUGAAAAUUCUUUAUUAUCAUUACAAAAAUCUCCAUUCAUUACGUCGAGCUUAUCUCCUCCGUCUUUAUUUUUAUUUGGUAUAAACUGUACGUAAAAGAAAAAAAUGCAAACAAAUAAAACUUUUUUCAAUCGUCAAUUUAUACCAAUGUAAAUGUUGCUGACAAAUCGCAUAAUACGAUAUGAAAAUAUCGCAACGUAGUAUUUUAUGGUCUAUUUCUUAUGAAAAGAAAAAAAAAGAGAGAAAAAAACAAAAUUGAAAUU